AAGCAAUGAUUUUUUUUAACUGGCUACUGAAUUUGAUAACAUUAUCAUUAUGCUUUUGUCAAUGUCGUGCUGACCUUCAAGAAAUUAAAGAUAUAAUGAUGGCAAAAAUUGUUCCCAAUCAUUACGGAAAAUUGCCUACGAUUAUGAAAGCUGUCGGGUUUUAUAAAUAUCUGCCAAUAUCUGAUGUGAACAGUCUCAUCGAUCUGGAAGUAAGUAUUCCAAAAUUGGAAAAUAAUCAAGUUUUAAUAGAAGUAAAAGCUAUUUCUGUUAAUCCCAUAGACACAAAAGUUAGAGCUCCCAAGCCUCAAAUAAACAGUUUUCCAAGAAUUCUCGGUUGGGAUGGGGCCGGUACAGUUGUGGCCAGAGGUGUUAAAACUAAUGUUUUUAAUACAGGAGAUGACGUAAUAUUUACGGGAGACAUAUCCAAAAAUGGUUCAAAUUGUCAGUAUGUAGCUCUCGAUGAAUUAUUUGUUGCACCAAAACCAAAGAAUCUUACAUUUGAACAAGCAGCUGCCAUGCCUCUCACAACUGUAACUGCAUAUGAAGCACUUUAUGAUCGGCUUUUAUUAUCCGCUAAAGAUAAAGGUAAGUCCCUGCUUAUAAUAAACAGUGGCGGUGGAGUUGGCUCUGUAGCUACACAGUUGGCUGCUAAUUUAAAUCUCAAAGUGAUUGGUACAGUUUCACGUCUCGAGACAGAAGAGUUUUCAAAGAAGAAUGGAGCUGAUGUGGUUAUAAAACACACCCAAGAUUUAAUUCCGCAACUGGAAAUGCACGGAUUUGGUAACGGAGUUGAUUACAUCUUGGCUAAUUAUGAUCCCUAUCCAUAUUGGGAUGUUAUGAUGAAAGCUAUCAAACCUCAAGGGAAAAUAUGUCUCAUUGUCGACAGUAGUGGACUGGUAGAUAUAAGGCCUCUUAAAGACAAAAGUAUAACGUUAGUAUCGGAAAUGAUGGGCACAAGAAUAAAAUAUGAUACUGAAGACAAAGGUAGACAUCAUGAAAUCUUAAAGAUUGUAUCUAAAAUGUUUGAUGACGGAAUACUAAAAUCUACACUCACGAAAACUUUGUCACCAAUAAAUGCUGCCACAUUAAGAGAGGCUCAUAAAAUUAUAGAAGAAAAACAUAUGGUUGGAAAAUUGGUUCUAUCAGGAUUUUAAUUAAAUAAACUUUGUAACAAACGAUAAUACUUUUUAUUGAAU